UUCUAAAAAGGAGGAAAACGGGUGGGUGCCCAUACACUGCGGUGUUCAGCUUCGAAGCUCAGAACAAAUCGUCCUAAAACUCCUCACUUUCACUUUCGAUUUGCAUUUCUCUCCAAAUUUCAUCCUAAUCCUUUGAUUUUCUUCCACCGACAAUGCUAGAAGCAACAGCUGAUGACACGGACAAAGAGGAUUUGAACUCAAGGGACUCGGACGAAGGUGAUCUAGCUGAAUCUGAGGAGAAGGCAUGGUCGGGGGAAGGAGGUGAAAUUGUCGAACCCCAUGUAGGUAUGGAGUUCGACUCGGAAGAUGAUGCUAGGAGAUUCUAUAGUGACUAUGCUAGGAGGGUAGGGUUCGUUGUGCGCGUCAUGCAACGUCGUCGUUCCGAGAUAGACGGUAGAACUCUUGCUCGCCGGCUCGGAUGUAACAAACAGGGCUUCUCCCCACACACAAAGGGCAUGGUUGGGCCCGAGAAGAAGCCACGGCCUAGUGCACGCGAGGGUUGCAAGGCAACGAUACUAUUCAAGUUGGAGAAGUCUGGGAAGUGGGUGGUGACUCGUUUCGCCAAGGAACACAACCACGCUCUAGUUGUCACCACUCAAGAAUACACUAAUGUGUGCAGCUCGAUAAGGACAAGCGGAUCCAAGAACUUGCACGAGAGCUGCAGCGGCAAGAAGAGCUAUGCGCUGAGUAUCGGGAGAGUCUGAUCAGCCUUCUUUCGACCGUCGAGAGCCAAGCCGAUCAGAUGUCGUCGAAAAUUCUCGCAGUGGUUGAAAGUGUUAAAAAAGCUGAAGCAGAAGCUCUUAGUGAAGCACUGACAAUAGGAUCGGAUAAAAAGUUGUAGUCUGAUGCAAGAGUUAUGUUGAUGUUGUUAUUUUUAGUAUAUGUCAAGAUUUUUUCACUCUGUUAUGUUAUUAUUACUAAUAAAGAGUGCUACCCUUAUUGCAGCAA